UACCUAACGUUGGUUGUUAGUUGUUGGUUGGUUUGUGGCGCUGCUAUACGAAAAAGGUGGUUCUAUACUCUUGUGCUUGUGCUUCUGCUUUGGCUUCGAUUCGAACCUAGAGCACGACAUUCGGGCCAGGAUGGAUUCUAGUUCAGUGCACAAAGUGCGUCAGUGCAAGUGUGGUCUUCUACUGAGAACCAACAAGCUCUUCGAAAUUUUUUGAAAUACAUUUGCCUUCGAACCUUCAUAUCAAGACGGACUUCUUGGCGAGCUAGUAUUAAGUGAAAGCGCCAACGGAAUAUGAAUUUCAUUGGCGCAGUUGGUGGAGACAGUGAAGGUGGUGAUGGAGAUGACAAAGAGAAGGCAGAGGAAGAGGAGAGGGAGCGUCAGGAGGCCAUCCGAGAGGCUGAAGAACGCCGAAAAGAGAAGCAUCGUAAAUUGGAAGAGGAGCGAGAAAAAAUGAGACAGGAUAUUCGUGAUAAGUAUAACAUCAAGAAGAAGGAAGAAAUUGUAGAGCAAAUGCCGCAGGAAGAACCAAAUCCUUUAAUGCGGAAAAAGAAAACGCCUGAAGAAUUGGCUGCCGAAGCCGAACAGGAAGAGUUAGAUGACUUUACAAAACUGAAAAAUCAAAUAGAAACGCAAGUAAAUGAGCUAAAAACUCAAAUAGAGGGAAAAUGUGUCAUGCAGUGAUAUGUCAUCAUAAUAAAAAAUAUUAUUUAAAAAAAAGAAAAAAAAAAUACAAAAAAAUAUUAACAAACAAAAAUAUUACCAAAAAAAAUUCAAAUCCACACAUAUAUAUAUAUAUUUAUUUAACAAAACAAAUUUCCCCCAAAAAAAUACCAUAUAAAUAUAUAUAUACAAAACAAAAAACCAUAUAUACAUGUAUUAUAAAAGAAUUAAACUGCAGAAUUAAAUUUGAAAAAUUAUAAGGAACAAUAGAUGAAAAAAUAAAAUUAACGAAAUUCAAAAAACCAAAAAAUUAAUAAAAAAUUAAAUCAGAGUUCAUGAAGCACUACAAUAUCAACCAAAAUUCAAACAGAAGAGCUAACAUACAAAAUUAUUCAAAAGCCCAAAUUUUAAACCCAAAAUUUCUACCAUAGCUGCCAAUCGUCAAAAUUUAAAACAAAGAGUCUAACUACAUUGUUAAAAAACAAAGUUUAAAAAACUCAACAAAUUGGAUGUUUUAACAUUAUUCGAAAACAAAAACAAAACUUAAAAAGGGCAAAAACGGGUUGAAUCAUUUGGCCGACAUUUCAUUUAGUAAAUUCGUCAACAAUAUUAAAAACCUACUCUUUCCACAUCAUCAUCCAAUCACACACAUAUUUUCCUCUCUUAACUUUUAACUCCUACGGAAUAAUAAGAGCAUUGGAACAGAAUCGAUUCAAAAACAAAAAUUCAACUUCUAUACCCAAAAAAAAAAGUUUUUAAAAUUAGCGAUGAUAAAUGUAGCAAACCAAGUGUAACGAAAAAUAAAAUUAAAUAAAUACAAAAAAACAAAAAUUAAAACAUAGACAUUUAGCCAAGCAAUUCCAAACUUAAACCAAAAACCAAAAAAUAUAUACCAAAGCAACCACCACCAACCACUAAAUCUACAGAAAAUUGUUGUUCCGUAUUUUGUUACUAUUGAGAAUAUAUAAUUAAAUAUAUUUCUUUCAUCCCCCAAAAUAUAUAUAAAAAUAGAAGAAGAACGUAACUAAAAUCUGGAGUAUAUAUUUAUAAAUUAUAACUCAAAUAUAUAUAAAACAAAAGUUAUGCUAACGAUAUCUAUAUAACUAAAAAAUAUAAGCGCUUUUCUUCCUAUCUUCUAUAUAUUCAAAUGCAUCCUAAUAUUAUAUAUAUAUAUACAUAAGUAUUAUGUGUGUGUAUCUUCUAUCUGUUAACUUGACAACAACUUCAUAAAUAAAACCAAAAAUUAAAGUCAACAUAAAAAUUAAAUCUAAUAAGAAAUUAAAAUCCAACCAAAAACAACAACAUCACUUAACUUUUAAUCAUCAAACAUAAAACAGUACAGAACAUCACCAUAAUCUUAUAUUAUUAUAAAUUAUUAUUACCACCAUGACAACCAACUACAACUACAGUAACAGUUUAUAUUAUAUUAUAUUUAUGUAUAUGUAUAUCUCAAGCAGUAAAAAAAAUAAAACAUUUAAUAAAAAUAAAUAAUUAAAACAUUCCUUCGUCGUAUAUUCGUAUACACCUUUUAAAAAAAAAAACAAAGAACAAACUUCUCUUGUAUUGUGUUUUAAGAAAUAGCAACAAUAAAAAUAAUAAUUAACAAAACAAAAAGAAAAACAUUUUAAUCAACAAAAUAAAUAAAAACAAAAAAAAACAUAUAUAUGUGUGCCAGUUAAUUUAUUUAAAAGAAAUAAUUCUUAACUUUUGUUAAAUAUUUCCUUCUCGGUUUUUGUUCCAUAAAUCUUUAGUGAAAUUUGUUUUUUUUUUCUUUUUUAAUUUUCUUUGCUAUAUAAAUUCAAUUAAAAAGAAAAGUUAGAACAAUUUGUUAAAAAUAUUAGAUUUAUAAGGAAAUUUGUUAAAUUUGUAGAUUAAAAUAAAACAAUAAAACGUAAAUCACUUUGUCAUGUUUUUAGUAUGAAUAAGAUCAAUACGAUGAAUAUAAUGAAUUUUAUAUUAAACAACAAUUAAAUGAGUAUAGUUAUAGAGUCUUGAAUUGAUAUUUUUCAAGACAACACCGUAAAACCCUAAUCAGUAUUUCGUUUUUGUUUUUGUUGUAUUCAUGGCCUACAAGAACUAUCAGAACUUAGAAGAGGAGGAUGAGUAGGGUAUAAGUAAAGUAUAGAUGUAUUACAAAAAAAAAAAACUUUUUUUCAAAUGAUAAAGACCAGUUUUCACAACCUUAGUUAAGGAAUAGUUAAUCAAGAUUAAAACUAAAUGUUAUUAACCCCUAUAAUUAGAACUAUCAACAUUUAAAAAAAAACUAUAGUUUAAUAGAUUAUUUAAAUGUUAUGACAAAAUUCAAAGUGCUUAAAUUUCCUAAAAAAAUAUACUUAAAGGCCUGUUUUUGCAGACCUUAGCUAACCCAAAGUUUGUUGAAUGAAGCUGACUAGGAAAAAACUAUUAGAAAGUCACAGUUAGGCAUAGAAAUAAUUUGAUAUACUAUCUUCAAUAGUUUGACAUUUUCUUAAAAUAUCGUAAGCCCUAACUUUGGACGAUAAGGAUAAGACCAAUUUUGAUUUGUAAAAUGUAUGUAUGUCAGUCUUAGGAGAACUUCUUCAAAAGUAAUUUGAAAAAUGUUGACCAAAAGUUAAGUCUCAGGUUUAGCUUUUCGUAUGAAAAUACAUUAAGUCCUUACUUUGGAUAAAAUUGUAGGACCGAGUUCGAUUUGUAGAAUGGAUGUUUGUCAGUCUUCGGAGAACUUUGUCAAAAGUGAUUUAAAAAAUGUUGACCAAAAGUUAAGUAUCAGGUUCAACUUCUCAUAAUAAAAUACAUUAAGUCUUCACUUUGCAGAUAAGUAUAAGACCGAGUUCGAUUUGUAGAAUGGAUGUUUUUCAGUCUUAGGAGAACUUUGUCAAAAGUCAUUUGAAAAAUGUUGACCAAAAGUUAAGUCUCAGGUUUAGCUUUUCAUAAAAAAAGUCCUUACUUUGCAUAACAAUGUUAGACCGCGUUCGAUUUGUAGAAUGGAUGCGUGUCAGUCUUCGGAGAAGUUUGUCAAAAGUGAUUUAAAAAUGUUGACCAAAAGUUAAGUCUCAGGUUAACUUU